UAACCUGCAUUACAAACCCCUUUCCUCCCUCCUUUCAAGGCUGCCUUGGUUUCUCCUGUUGACGCGUUUCUUGCAGAGCAGAUGGCUUUACACAUAAAUCCUAUUAGAAACUUUCUGCUGAUGGAGACACCACACUGUGUUCUGGGCUCUCUUGCUGUUUUAUUAUCUAUGUGAGAAACCCGCUAUUCCUAUUUUCUAUCCUUGAACCUGUGCGUCUUAAUUUGAAGGGCAAGCCAUGUCUGCAGAAAAGAAACCAAAAAAGAAGAGAGAGCAGGCCAACUGUACGUCCGAAACCAAAUUAAAUGGAACUGAGACCAAACCUAAAAAAACCAAGACAAAGAAGAAAGAAGACGCAGCAGAAGAUGACACCUCCAACACCCAAAGUGGGAAGAAAGUGAAGAAAAAGAAACCAGAAAAAGACAAAGAGGAACCUGAGAAAGAUAAGGAGAAAGAAAGAAAAAAGAAAGCCAAAAGUGCUCCAAAAAAGAAAAAAGCCUCAGACACUGAAGAUGAUGAGGAGGAGGAGGAGGACACCCCAAAAAAGAAAACGAAGAAAAAAACAACAAAAGAGAGCUCUCCAUCUGCAAGUGUUGUCAAGGAGAGAAAAUCGAAAUCUAAAGAGGACAAAGAUUCUGAUGCCAAAGAUAAAAAGUCAAAGUCAAAGGACAAGGACAAGGACAAGAAGAAAGAACCAGCUUCGAUGUUCAUGAUAAAUGGGGACAAAGAUUCUAAAAGCAAAAAGAAAGCUGCCAAGUCAGAGAGUGAUGACAGUGAAGAGGAGACAAAGUUAACCAAAUCAAAAAAGAAAUCUACCACUGGUUCGGCAUCUAUGUUUCAGACAACAGCAGAUAAGGACAAAGAGAAAAAGACAAAGAAAAAAGGAAAGGUAGAGGAGAGUGAUGAAUCUGAUUCAGAGAAAGAAGAAAAGUCCAAGAAAAAGAAAGGCAAAGGAAAGAAGAAGAAGGAGAGAUCUCCCUCACCUGAGAUAGAGUUUGAUGACUUGGAGACAUUUGUAAUGGAGCCAGCUCCACAGGGUGUGACGGUUAAAUGCAGAGUGACGCGAGACCAGAGAGGGAUGGACAAGAGCCUCUACCCACUGUAUUAUCUUCAUCUAGACAAUGAGAAAAAGACAUUUCUGUUGGCUGGAAGAAAAAGAAAGAAAAGCACAACUUCAAAUUACCUCAUCUCCAUUGAUGCCACGGACUUAUCAAGAGGUGGUGAGAAUUUUGUCGGAAAGUUAAGGUCCAAUUUAAUGGGGACUAAAUUCACUGUGUUUGACAAUGCUCUAAAUCCAGAAAGAGCUCUGCCAGAUAUGUCUAAUGCAAGGCAAGAGUUAGCUGGCAUCAUCUACGAAACAAAUGUCUUAGGAAUGAAAGGACCCAGACGAAUGACAGUCGUCAUUCCAGGAAUGAGCAAGGACAAUAAGAGAGUACCGCUCAGACCCAGAAAUGAAUGUGACGGCUUGUUGGUAAGGUACCAGAAUAGAAGGACGGAAAAUCUGAUUGAGCUUCACAACAAGACGCCCGUGUGGAACGAAGACACUGCUUCUCAUGUGCUCAAUUUCAACGGCCGAGUCACACAAGCCUCUGUUAAGAACUUCCAGAUAGUUCACAACAAGGACUUGGACUACAUUGUGAUGCAGUUUGGAAGAAUAGCUGACGAUAUUUUCACAUUGGAUUAUAACUACCCCAUGUGCGCCGUGCAGGCCUUUGCCAUCGCACUCUCCAGCUUCGAUGGCAAAAUUGCUUGUGAAUAAUCCAGAGAUUAUCAGAUGUCCACAACUACUGAAUCCUGAAAGCAGCAAGUUCAUGCCAACCUGUGACUCUGGACUUUCCUGCACUAUAAGAGAUGGGUAGUGGUAAUCAACGGCUGAUCCCUGCUACCGUAUUGCACCUUUUUGCCAUGCAAGUCCCCUCCUAGAGGUGUCUGAAGCAAGAUCAACAUUUGCAACAUAAUCUGAUCCUGCAGGGCUCUUUGUUUUGGUAACUCAGAGGAAAUAUCAGAAUUAGUGUGGACCACGAAAUGUCAGGAAUGUCUUGAGGACUAAUAAGGUUUGCAGUGGAUGAUAAACCCUCUGAAAGAUGACAGUGCUGUUACCUUAUUUAAAGAUUUUUAACUUUAUGUCCUUCUUUUCUUUUUUAUGUUAUGCUGUGAUGUAUCCUGUUUCUAUGUAGGGUUAGUUCUAAAAGAGUUUAUUGUUUCUUGUGUCAAUGAGAAAGCAAAUAAACUACAUUUUACUAUGAUUGACAAUGGUUUCUGUAAGACAAACAUCUUAUAACAAUGUAAGAGCAACAGUUUGUGACAUUUGGCUCAGUUUUCUUUUGUCUGUAUCACUAAUAUUUAUAAUAUAUUAUUAUUUAAGCUUUCUGCAUCCCUGAUUUUUUUUCUAAAUGACAUGAGUAUGAAAAAACAGGUAUCAUGUUUAAAGUAGCAUUCAUAAAAGAAGUGUAGCAUCUUUGAAACUGUUUGUCUAUUGUAGGUAUCCGUUAUUGUGAUGAUUCAAUCUCUUCAUUCAAUAAUAAGCUCUUGUAGUUUUUUUUAGACAUCAUUCUUGUACUUUUUCACUAUGCCUUUGUUUUUCUGUGCUUAUUGUAAUGAUGUGUGAAUUAAACCUCCUUGAUUACAGACAA